GAAUGUGGAGUUUCGAAGCGGCCCGGAAAGAUUUCCGGACAAAGAUCCGAGGCUGAAUCCCGUGUUUUUGGACCAGGGGCAGACCCACCAGCAGCUGUUGGUGAUGGGGGAGCAGAGAGGAGUUGAUCCGUACAAAUUGGUGGAAGUACAAUUGACUGGCGGAGCUCCAUGGGGAUUUACACUAAAAGGAGGAAGAGAACACGGGGAGCCGCUCGUCAUCACGAAGAUUGAAGAAGGCAGCAAAGCUGCAGCAGUUGACAAGUUGCUGGCUGGUGAUGAAAUCAUUAGCAUCAACAAUGUGGAGCUCUCUGGGUUCAGGCAAGAGGCAAUCUGUCUGGUGAAAGGUUCGCACAAGAUGCUGAAGCUUGUAGUGAAAAGGAAGAAUGACCUAACCUGUAGGCCCCACUCCUGGCAUGCAACCAAAUUUACCGAGAAUCAGCCUGAGACAGCCACGUCACGGCUGUCUUCAACCAAUGUCUGCGCUUCAUGGCACUCCCGGUAUCAUGCAAGCUCCUCUUCUCAUGACCUGUCAAGCUCAUGGGAUCAAUCAAAUCUCCAUCGCACUUCAGAUCAGUUCAGCUCUGCCGGAAGCAUGGACAGCUGGGAUCACACACCCCAAACGUAUCAGUGUGGACAGAUGUCAUCUGCAAAAUCCAGCAGCAGCAUCGAUCACUUGGGGAAUCCCAGCAAAAGAGAUUCAGCCUACGGCUCUUUUUCCACCAGCUCCAGUACUCCUGACCACACGCUAUCCAAUGUAGAUGUUGCCUCUGCCGAGAAUGUGCUGUACAAAGUAAGUCAGUGGGAUACCGCAAAACAAGGGAAUGGCAAGACUGCCUCAUUCCUAAGUGAUAAUGGCGGAUUAGAGGAGAAAUCUGCCUGCUUCCCACCUCCACCGCAGUAUGAGAACAGUAAGAGCCCCCGACUGGAAGAACAUUCUGAUGCAAAGUAUUCUGGGUCUGGAAGAUCAAAUUUUGGACCUGUUUGGUAUGUCCCAGAGAAAAAAAAGUCACCCUCUCCUCCACCCCCACCCCCACCUCUCCGUAGCGAUAGUUUUGCUGCCACCAGAGGUCAUGAAAGAACCCAUACCCCUCUUUACUCAGAGGGUAUUCAGAGCACCCAGCACUUUGAAGUCCUGCAUAGACCCCAGCCCAGGACUGACUGGAGUACUGAAGCUGCAGAACAACAAAAGCGAGCCGCUAGGGUAAUCGAGAAGACCUCAGACGGGAAGCAAAGUGGCAACCCGACGUACAGGUCUGAUCUCAGUCUGGAUUAUAGUUUGCCUUGUGCAGGUGACAGAAUCAACAAUAAUGUGGGAAAUGCCAACAGGCUGCAUUCGUCCCUGUCCAGUACUGACGUUCGAUUUGCACAGUCCGUUUACGGGCAUCACUGCCAUCACCAUCAGCGCCAGUACAGUGAUGAAAGCACUUUCUUUCACAAUGCAAAGAACCCUGCGUUGCCUAAAGAGCAGCGGCACCUCUCCUCUUAUGCUGGCAUUCAGGAAAGGCCUGCCGACAAACACAACCUCCAAUCCAGCCCAUUUAGGACAUUCAGCGCUGCUGCUUCUGACAUCAGUUCUGAAGAGAAAAUGGACAGUACUGGGCUAAGUCGCUACUAUUGUGUGGCCAUGAAACAGCCUGCUCAGGGAAACGCAAGACCGCUACAGCUCAAAGAUGAAUGCUGGAAUUCUGGAAUAGGUGCUCAGGCCUCUACUAGACCACACGAGAGUCCCGCUGUAGCCAUGAUGACCCAAAGCCCAAAAUAUUAUCUACCUCAGCAACCUGUUGAGCCUUCUCGGGAUGCAUGUGAAAAAAGCAGCCAUUGUGUAGGCAACAAAGGAGAGGAUGUUAGGACUGCUGUGGUAGAAGAUUCCAAAAAGUUUAGCUACCCUGAAAAAUCAGGACAGACUAAGAAUUUCGAGAACCACAAUCUUUUUAAUGAGCAAGAAUAUGCUCAGGAAUGUGCCCUAAUGCCAGAUAAUAAUGCUGCCCCAAAAGAUUUCAAAUGGGGUCAGGAAGAGAAGGACAAAAUUUCUCCUCAAAAGACCCCUAUGUUGCAUUCCUUAGCUCAGGAAGGGAAAAACCAGCCUGACAAAGGUGCUGAAACUGGAAUUAAUAGACAGCCUGUGUUUGAUGCCCAUCUGAGUAAAAAUGCACGGAGGAGUGAUCGUUUUGCUACCACAUUGAGAAAUGAGAUCCAGAUGAGGAGAGCAAAACUGCAGAAAAGUAGAAGCACAGCUACCUUAGCAGAAUCAAUUGAGACAGAAGAGUUUGCUGAGAACUGGAAACCUGAUUCCACAGAAAAGGUGAAACCUUCAUCAGAAAAUUCUUUUACUAAUGAGUACAAGGAUAAUCUUAAAGAGGCCCAGGCCCGAGUGCUGAGGGCAACCUCUUUCCAACGCAAAGACUUGGAACCCAGUUCUACAGAUUAUUUUCCAGACCGGAAGGCAAAUAAUUAUAACUCUACAUUGUUGGCUCUAGUUUCUGAAGAUGAAUCUGGCUUCCGUGAGGCUACACAGUCUUCUAAACAGAGUUCACCUGCUAGCAACCCCCACAUUUCUCGGAUUGGUGGUAGAAAGAGGUUCACAGUAGAACAAAAGUUGAAAUCUUAUUCUGAGCCUGAGAAGAUAAAUGAAGUGGGAGUAUCGGAUGAUGAUUACCACCCACGCCGCCGUCCAACCACUUCUGAGGAAGCCUUAGGUUCUUUUGCUGAUAGGUGGAAGUUUUUUGAAGAAACAAGUAAGCCUGCCUAUCAAAAAUCUUCACAGACAAACAUACUCUAUGGUCGACCUGAAGGUCAGCCUGGUAAUCGUCGUAGAAAUUCUAAUGAGGGCGAGGGCGAGGGAUCAUGGUACGUAAGGAGAAUGCGGGCAGCUUCUUUUGGAAUUGAAAGUACACUUGGUGGUAACAGAUCCAAAGACAGCAUCAUGAACACUGCCCACAAAACAAAAUCAGGACAACCUCAGAGGCUAGAAACUUUUGCAGAGUAUCAAGCUUCAUGGAAAGAGCAGCGGAAACCUUUAGAGACUCGGAGUUCAGGAAGAUACCAUUCAGCUGACAACAUCCUUGAUGCUGGCCAUGAACAGCUUGAGAAACCUCAGUACACACAUGAGCGAUCCAGGUCAUCCCCUUCUACUGAUUUCCACAAACAGGAAGUAUCCACUGCAGUAAGGAGGCAAACAGAAAAUUCAAGGGAAGCUGAAGAGCGUAAUUUUUCUCCAGCAAGACCUGAUGAAAGGAGCUGCAGCUCGAGACCAGUUGAUGUAGGAUAUCCAGAAGGCCAUCCUGGAGGACCAGUGUCUCAACCAGAUUUUGGUGUAGGGAUUAAGUGGAAAGCAUCAGCCAGGCCCUCACACGCAGGGCAGACCUCUGUUUUACCUCAAGGGAGCCGAAGUAGAUCUGGGACACUGCCCAGCGAUUACAGGUAUUCACAGGACAAUGUGAAUGAAAAAAGCAAAGAUUACAGUGUGCUGCCGCCCACUGUUUCUGAGCUGCAAAUAACAGAUGAAAACCACCUCUAUCAACCCCAAGACAAAGGAGAAGAAAGCCUACAAGCAGAGCUGGGGCAUCUGAAUAAGAAACAUGGUCCUAUACUUCAGAAGCCUCCCCCACCCAAACGAGAUAAUAAACACAGACGGCAGGACAGUUCUUUGGCAUCAGUCCCUGCGUCAUCAGAGUCUUUACUGACAGCAACCAGUUGGCCAGUUCAGUCAGUGCCUCCUGUUGCUUCCAGUGUGGUUGCUGGUCACUUCUCUCCUUCUCACACUGUGAAGGUUUCUGGAAAAUUAGCAGGCACUGAGCUGCCAGAGGCUCCACAGCUAGUAUCCACAGAGAAUGUUUGUCAGCACUUAGAAGAAAAAACACAUCUCAAGCCUGAACCUGUGCCAUCUUCGACAUAUCACUACCUACAAAAACCUGGAAUGGAAACAUCAAGGUCCCCUUCACCACAGUUUGCUCCACAGAAGUUAACUGACAAACCCCCUGUAGCUGUCCAGGAUGAGAAUCCCACAAGAAUCGAAAGAGUGAUGGAUAACAACACAAUGGUAAAAAUGGUUCCCAUCAAGAUUGUGCAUUCUGAGAGCCACGCGGAGAAGGAAAGCAGACAGAAUCUUGCAAGCACAAUAGAGCUUCCUGCUUUGCCAAGUGGACUGGAGAAAGACCAGAUUAAGACGCUCAGUACUUCUGAACAGUCCUACUCACGUUUCUGUGCUUAUACAAGGCAAGGUGUGGAGUCAGAGCCUGAGAAAAAAAAUAGAUUGCCUUAUUUGCAGCCUGCUGAAGCGCUUGGAACCAACUUGAAGGACAGUGAUGUUCCUGCCCAUGCAGUUAGCUAUGUGAGGGCCAAAGAAAAGACAAUUGAUGACUGGAAGUCAGAGGAGUUAGCCAGAGAGAUUGUGGGCAAGGAUAAAUCGUUAGCAGAUAUUUUGGGCCCUAAUGUGAAAAUCAAAACAACAAUGGACCUGAUGAUGGGAAUCUUUCCAAAAGAUGAACAUCUCUUGGAAGAAGCACAACAACGCCGGAAGCUUCUUUUAAAAGUUCCUUCACCAAAAGCUGCAGAGGACAAGAAAGAGGAGCAGCCUCUGCCUUUGGCCAUCCCUCUGACAACCAGUUCCACUUACUAUAGCACAUCUGCACCUAAGGCAGAACUCCUGAUCAAAAUGAAGGACAUGCAGCAGCAACAGUUACAGCAGCAAAGCGAAGAGGAUUCUGAGGAUGAGCUAGACCAUGAUUUGUCUGAGAAAAAGCAAGAGCUUAUAGAUAGCAUAAGUCGAAAGUUGCAGGUGCUGCGAGAAGCACGGGAGACACUCCUGGAAGACAUUCAGGCGAAUAAUCUGCUUGGAGAUGAAGUAGAGGACGUUGUGAAAAAGGUCUGCAAGCCAAAUGAGUUCGACAAGUUCCGGAUGUUCAUUGGAGACUUAGACAAAGUGGUCAACCUCCUGCUGUCCCUCUCUGGUCGUCUCGCCCGGGUGGAAAAUGCCUUGAACAAUUUGGAUGAAAAUGCUUCUCCUGAAGAACGGCGAGUCCUGGUGGAAAAACAGAAGCUACUCACACAACAGCAUGAGGAUGCGAAGGAGCUGAAGGAAAACCUGGAUCGAAGGGAACGCAUUGUCUUUGACAUUUUGGCCAACUACCUGAGUGAUGAAAACCUUGCAGAUUAUGAGCACUUUGUCAAAAUGAAAUCCGCCCUCAUCAUCGAGCAGCGAGAGCUAGAGGAUAAAAUCAAGCUUGGUGAAGAGCAGCUCAAGUGUCUGACUGAUAGCCUCCAGCCUGAAAGGCCUAAAUGACACAGACCAUGGUAAUUUGGGUGGCAUUCCAGGUAUGCGGCAUCUGUGACCACUAGGGGGAGGCAUUGAAAAGAAAAUAUCAUAAUAGCAAUAAUGUCAGAGGGUUUGUUUCUGUGUUGGCUGUAUUUGCAUUUCUGGAAUCACAUUUGGUCUUCUCUGGCUUUUUCUAUCAUACAGUCUUUAUAAAAUUCUGCAGCUCUUCAAUUCCAUGCUUCAGGUUCAGUGCAUUGUAGAAUCUGCUACAAUUUAGCAUAAAAACAGUUCUUAGUUAUUGUUUUAUUAAGAAACAAAUGAAUGGUUUCUGUUCUCCUCGGAUGCUGUACAGAUCAUUGCAAACCUCCAAAAUAAGCAACAUUCAGGACUGUUGAGUUUAGAGAGACUUUUCUUUUAAUGUAGCUAUA